GGGUGCCCGAGUGCGGGCGCGCCUCCGGGAGCUCGGGCACGAGCGUGGGGACCCGGCGCAGCCGGAGCAGCUGGGGAGCGCUCGCUCGCUGGCUGGCUUGCGGCUGCCGCUGCUCUGCGCCCGGCUACGGCUAGCCAGUGGAUGGGGGUGUCCGGCUGAGCCCCGGGAUCCGUGUCCCUCUGCCAGGACCCACACAGGGGAACGGAGCUUGACGGCUGCAGCGGCUGGCCUUGUACUGUGGUGCCAGGAUGGAGGCCCCACUGGUGAGUCUAGACGAAGAGUUUGAGGAUCUGAGGCCCUGUUGCUCCGAGGACCCAGAGGAAAAGCCGCAGUGUCUCUAUGGCUCAUCUCCUCACCACCUGGAGGACCCUUCCCUCUCUGAGUUGGAGAAUUUUUCUUCCGAAAUAAUCAGCUUCAAGUCCAUGGAGGACCUGGUGAAUGAGUUUGAUGAAAAGCUCAAUGUCUGCUUUCGGAACUACAACGCCAAGACAGAGAACCUGGCUCCCGUGAAGAAUCAGAUACAGAUCCAGGAGGAAGAGGAGACUCUUCAGGACGAGGAGGUUUGGGAUGCUCUGACAGACAAUUACAUCCCUUCACUCUCAGAAGACUGGAGGGACCCAAACAUUGAGGCUCUGAAUGGCAACAACUCGGACACUGAGAUCCACGAGAAGGAAGAGGAUGAGUUCAACGAGAAGAGCGAAAAUGAUUCCGGCAUCAAUGAGGAGCCUCUACUCACCGCUGACCAGGUGAUUGAGGAGAUCGAAGAAAUGAUGCAGAACUCCCCAGAUCCCGAGGAGGAAGAGGAGGUACUGGAAGAGGAGGAUGGAGGAGAAAUCUCAUCCCAAGCAGACUCAGUCCUGCUGCAAGAGAUGCAGGCCUUGACACAGACCUUCAACAACAACUGGUCCUAUGAAGGGCUGAGACACAUGUCUGGGUCUGAGCUGGCAGAGCUGCUGGACCAGGUGGAGGGUGCCAUCCGUGACUUCUCAGAAGAGCUGGUCCACCAGCUGGCCCGAAGAGACGAGCUGGAGUUUGAGAAGGAAGUGAAGAACUCCUUCAUCACGGUGCUCAUUGAAGUUCAGAACAAGCAGAAGGAGCAGCGGGAACUGAUGAAAAAGAGGCGGAAAGAGAAGGGGCUGAGCCUGCAGAGCAGCCGAAUAGAGAAGGGAAGCCAGAUGCCUCUCAAGCGCUUCAGCAUGGAAGGCAUCUCCAACAUCCUGCAGAGUGGCAUCCGCCAGACCUUUGGCUCCUCAGGAGCCGACAGACAGUAUCUGAACACAGUCAUCCCUUACGAGAAGAAAUCCUCUCCUCCCUCCGUGGAAGACCUGCAGAUGUUGACAAACAUUCUCUUCGCCAUGAAGGAGGACAAUGAGAAGGUGCCUACUUUGCUAACGGACUACAUUUUAAAAGUGCUUUGUCCAACCUAACCUCACCUUUGGAGCAGCCUCACUGCGGGAGGUCACUGAGCAAGAAGGUCAUCCUGUCACUGGGAUUGCAUGACACCACGUAACCUCCGGCGUGUACUUAAACGUGUAUAGUUUACCUUGGAUUAAACAUGAGCCACAGCGGGCGCGGGGUCCUUUGCAAUUGGCUUCUAGUACUAGUAAUCCUUGGAUGCAUGAUCGGGCGCAGGGCCCAAGACGCUGCUUCCUCUCCACCCAUGCUGGGGAGGGCAGGUGCCCUCACCACUCAUUAUGUAGUCUGGCUCCAGCCCUCAACCCAGCUUAUACUCUAAGACUAAUUUUGAAAUAAACCUUCAUUUAAUUAAUAUUC